AUGUCCGAGGGCGCGGUGGGCAACAAAAUCACACUGCGCCUCUCGCCCAAGGCAGGCAUAACGGAGACGCUGCCCAACAUGAACUGCGAUCCUAGUGAAACACUGGGUCAGGUGCAGGCUCGCAUCAAGAAGAAGUUGAAGCGCCCUGUGCUUUACUUGUUUGUUAUGCGCGGGUCGGAAGGCUUCAUACCAACGCCCGACCAGACAUUGGGGUCCCUCUUGCAUGCGUAUGCGGAGUCCAGCGAUCAAAGAGAGUUGUCUAUUGCAGUUUCUACAGGGAUUUUUCACGGAUGA